UAGUUGUGGCGCACCGAGGUUACAUAGCGGAGGCAGAGCACCGCCGAGCGGACUGUCCCAACAUGAAAUACUUCAUGGGGAUCGAUGUGGGAACUGCAAGUGUACGAGCAGCACUUGUAGACCACCAUGGCAAAGUGCUAGUUCAGGCUGAACAACCAAUCCAAAUUUGGAAGCCACAGCCUGACUACUAUGAGCAAUCUUCUACUGAUAUAUGGGAAGCGUGCUGUACUGUUUCAAAGAGAAUAGCUCAAGUAGCUAAUCUAUGCUAUCUCCGAGGAAUUGGCUUUGAUGCUACCUGUUCUCUUGUUGUACUUGAUGAAAGAUUUGAGCCUGUAGCAGUUAAUGCAGAAGGCAUAAACAACAGGAAUGUUAUCAUGUGGAUGGAUCACAGAGCAGUUGAUCAAGUAGACCGCAUAAAUCAAACAAAACACCAUGUGCUAAAGUAUGUAGGUGGAGUAAUGUCUCCAGAAAUGCAGCCACCUAAACUUAUGUGGUUAAAAGAAAAACUGCAAAGCAUUUGCUGGGAUAAAGCUCAUCAUUUCUUUGAUCUCGCUGAUUUUCUAUCUUGGAAAGCCACAGGUGCAACUACAAGAUCUCUAUGUACGUUGGUGUGUAAAUGGACCUAUUCUGCAGAAAAAGGCUGGAGUGAUUGUUUCUGGAAACGAAUUGGACUUGCAGACUUAAUAGCCAACAACUACUCUAAAAUAGGGAACCACGUGUUGUCUCCUGGCAGCCGUGUGGGAAAAGGCUUGACACCAGUUGCUGCUCAAGCACUAGGACUACCUAUUGGAAUUGCUGUGGCAGUAUCGCUGAUUGACGCCCAUGCAGGAGGUUUAGGUUUGAUUGGGGCUGAUGUAAAAGGGUCCAACUUGCCAUGUGAGAAUACACCAAUCACAUCAAGGUUAGCUAUCAUCUGUGGAACAUCGUCUUGCCAUAUGGGGAUCAGUAAAGAUCCAAUAUUUGUACCAGGUGUUUGGGGACCCUAUUACUCAGCUAUGGUACCUAGCCUUUGGCUAAAUGAAGGUGGACAGAGUGCUACAGGGAAAUUGAUAGACUAUGUCAUUAAUGGCCAUGCUGCAUUCGCAGAACUGGAGUCCAAAGCCAAAGCUAGUGGGAAAAAUGUCUACAUGUACUUAAACAGUCACCUGGAGUCUAUUAAAAAGAGUUAUGCUGUGGGCAUGCUAACUGUUGAUUUACAUGUUUGGCCUGAUUUCCAUGGCAACAGAUCUCCCUUAGCAGAUCCUACCCUAAAGGGCAUGAUAACUGGAUUGAGUCUGUCCAACACUCUUGAUGACCUUGCUAAGCUUUACUUGGCUACAAUUCAAGCUAUAGCUAUGGGAACCCGCCACAUACUGGAAACAAUGCUGGUUGCAGGACAUCAAAUUAACACUCUCUUUAUGUGUGGUGGACUGAGCAAGAAUCUUCUAUUUGUACAAAUACAUGCAGACAUUUCCGGCAUGCCAGUUGUCCUUGCCAAGGAGGACGAAUCAGUUUUGGUGGGCGCUGCUAUUCUAGGAGCAUGUGCAUCAGGAGAUUUUAAAUCAUUACAGGAAGCUAUGGAAAAAAUGGAAAAGAUUGGAGAAAUAAUUCAUCCAGAUGAAAGGCAAAAAAGGUUUUAUGACAACAAAUACAAAGUCUUUCUGAAGCUGGUUGAACACCAGAAGAAAUACAGAGCAAUUAUGCAAAACAUCUGAUUGCCACAGCGCAAUGGAAGAAAUGUCCAGAAUUUACGCAAUCCUUUACCACUUUCCAAGUAAAGAAGUUAUUUGGUAAUAAAAUUACAAUGAAUACAUUUCUACCUUUGAACUGCAUUAGAACCUUUGUAAAACAUGAAAGUGAAUUCUAGGUGAUCAAGUAGAUAAAAGAUAAUGUCAUGUGUUCCCUGAAGAAAAAUACUACUUUAAAUUAAUUAAAGCAUGUAAGCAGUUUCAUUUUCAUGUUAACACUAAACUUCAUUUCUUGUAUAUCAGAUUUUAAUGCCCUGGGAAUCCUAUGAGACUUCAGGGUGAUGCCUGACUGCAGAUUCAGCGAUAUGCACAUUGCAGCGUCAGUUUUGUUUCGUAUUAAUGCUAUAUUGCAAUGUAAAUCUACACUAAAAACUACUUUUAGUCAUGGAUUAAAUUUUGAGACUAGUGACUUUACAAGGUGACUAGAGUAUGUUAUAAUAGACCAAUUCUAAGGUUCUUAAAGUAAAAGCAUCAGAAGACGAGAUUUAUAUCCUGCUGAGGCAAUAGAAAGGACUGGCUGCAGUGAUGUUAAAGAAGUGUUGAUAAAGGUGCUCAUGGUUGAUUUCCCAACAUUUUCUUGCCAGCCAUCAUUUUAAAAGCCACUUUCCAGCAGUUUUGCCUGCCUGGUCGCAUCAUUAUACAAAUACAGGGAUCAUCCAGAUGCAACAUAAUUUGAUUGUGCUUAUGUAACUCAUUGCCUGACUCAUAGUGCCUGAAACCAGAAGAUUGAGGCCCAGGCAAAUAGAUUUUUAAAAGAUUUCCUUACAAGCCAGGAGGACCAAUUUUCUGGUCCUGUCAAAAUGCUCAUUCUCAGGCUUUGGCCCUUGUCAUUUCAACCUAAGUUGAAAAGUUAGAUGUUGUUCUCUAAGAUAAAAUACUGUCAUUGGUACCCUCAGUGGUAGUUUUCCCAGGCUCAUGCACACCAUGCUCACAGCUUAACUUCAAAUUGUUAAAGUUAUCCCCUUAUCUCAUUUGUGAAAAUACGCUGACAACACAAACAUGUAAACAUAUUACCCUAAUCUAUCAUCAUUGAUCCUAUUUCAAUUUACAUGAAAGAGUAACUGUUUGAUAUGGUAUAUGUUUUGUCAUGAUUGUGUAAAUUUCUACCUGAGACGAGAUAUUUAAAAUCAAAAUUUAUUUUUCCCUUUCCAACAGUUUGUUGGUCCUUGAAUGUUAUCAUGCUGCUGACACCACAGCAUACAUAUUGUAAUUGAUGUUUUAAUGUUAAUACAGAUUUAGAUGUCGUUGUUGAUAGUGCGAACUAUCGGCCAUUCACUUUUGCAAGUGCCAGCUAAGUAUUCAAUGCAACUGUAUUGACUACCAAUGCAACUUUUACAACGAUGUCUUGUACAAAACAAAUACUACCCAAAAUCAGGGAAUUUCUGAGGGCAGAAUUCAAAGUCAUUUUUGCAUCAUUUUAAUGUUAUGUAUCCUAAUUGGUCCUAAUUAUUAUAAAUGCUACCAUGCAAUCAACUCUAAAGUUGCAGGGACCUCAGAUCAUUACAAAAUCUCUUAAAGUUCUGGAUCCUAGUUGGUAAGGUAUUCCAUCAUCUUACAGUUAGCAUCCAGGACGAUACAAAACUUUGUUUUAUAAGACCUUGCCUGGUUUUGC